AUGGGUCAAGCUGUGCAGUGGGUGACCCACAGCCGCGCGGCCCGGCGCCGGAUGGGUCAUAUAUUGUUACUGUUGCAGUUAAUAGUGUGGGCGAUAUGUGAGGGGGUAUCAUCUAUCCAGAUAGGUGAUAAGGAUUUUGUCGACUCUUUGGACUUUGCACCUCUGUUUUCAUCUGGCGAUUCCGGCAUUACACCUCUGGCUUCCCAACCCAUUGCCGCAGCGAUGCUAAAAGUAGAUAAGAGUCAAUAUCCCCAAUUAUUUGAUACCGUUGUCAGUAGUUCUAUCGAUUCUUUACAAACUCGAGUAGCUCCAGUGGAAAGCGCAUUUUCCGCUGAAAAUUUUGGGUUCAAUCCGAUAGCUAGUAAAAGCUUUCAUUCACCGCAGAAGUCAGCCAGGCUAGUUGCACAUCCAAAACAACAACGCCCACAGCCACAUUUAGUUCCUAUCGGGCAGCAACUCAGCCCUUUGCGAUAUGACAUUAGAACUGUUCACGAUGCUGAUUAUAAAGUAUUCAAACCUGAAGAUAAUGAACAGGGCGAAGAGAUAUUGUCAGCUUUAAAAAAGAACCCAUCAGUAGCUGCGUACUUCAAACCCUCCAUCACUAACGUUGAAGUAGCCCAUCCUUUGAAUUAUCGCAAAGAAGAACUAGCUGAAAAUCCCGAAGUAGAACAAAACUACAAGCAAAAUGCUUAUAUUCCAGGACCACCACGUCUUCGACGAUACACCAGGGGGAGGCAAAGAGAAAACUUAAAAAAGAGAGGUGAUGAUGACGAUGAUCCCUAUGGCUAUAAAGCAGAUUAUAUCUCAAGGCCGAAGGCCUUCGAUAGUGAUAUCUAUAGCAGUGCAUACAAAGAAUCCAAAGACCCUAAAAAGGAUUAUGAAUAUCCGUAUGGAUACGAUUCGGGCUACGAUCAUAAAGAAUAUGAGAGAAUAAAAUCUUUGUCAGAAGCACAAGCUGCUGAAAUCAAGAAAAAUCCGGAAAAUUGUAAGGAGGUUAAAAGGGACGAUAUGACUUGUAUGGUUUGCAAAGACACAAAAACAGGGGGUAACUAUGAAUCAUGUUCAUACGUUGCAGAACCUAAAAACAAUAAGUAUGCCUAUUCAAAAGAAAAGAAAUUUGAUAGUAACGAUGAACCAGAUGAGCCCGAAAGUAAUUCAAGGGAAGAACAACCAAAAAAGCUUUCUAAGUACGAGGAAUCAAAUGAUAGCCCACAUAAACAUGAAAGUCAAUCCGAGCCAAAGCCAUACGCAAGCUAUAAAGAGGACCCAAAGGAUGACGAUAGCUCCAAGGAAAAUUAUAAAUCUUACUAUGUACACACUACGAAACCAAAGCCCAGCGAAGCAUUGCGAGCGGCAGAAAAUGAUAAAUCGGAAGAAAGUGAAGAUGCCUUAGUCAAGCCUUAUGAUUAUAAAAAAGCCAUUCCUGGUUUCUACAGCAAUAAUGAACCGAAAAAAGAUGUUGAACAUGUGUUAGCAGAAUUCAAGAAGAAAGAUAGAUCGUCAUGUAAGAAGGUGCAAAAGAAUGGAAUGACUUGUUUCCAAUGUCUUGACAAAUCCGGGUUGAAACACGAGGAAUGCAUGUUUGUUUCCGAGUCGGCGCCCAAGAGUAGUCAUCUAGCUUAUCAAGAACUUAAAGAAUUUACAUCUAAGCCUCCAUCUCUAGAUGCAUCGAACGAAGGGGCCGAAAGCCAGACCGUCUCAACUAGCGCACCUCCUGCAAAAUCAGCCGCUUAUGUUGUCGCAAACUCUGGUUACGGUAAGAAGCUUAAGCGAAAGAAGGCACCUCAGGCUUCGUUGUCCGCUGCAGCUACAAAUAAAGUCUCCACUGUUCUAACUCCCACACAGCAGGCGGCGGUGAAACGUACUAAGAGAAGUGUGGAAGACGACGCGGAAACCAGAGCGGAAAUCGUUGACGAAACAAACAUAGCGCCUCCCGAAGAGUUUGCGGGGGACAAUUCUCAUGGUGCGUUCUGGGCAGAGACAAUGCCCCGUUACAGCGCAGCUUUAGGUGUGACCCUUCCUCAGUUUAUGUUAUCUCGAUCAGAACACGAAGUUUCCUUCGAUGAAACCGUUGCCGGUGCGUAAGUUAUGACGUGUUUUGUCAAUCUAAUUGCAUUAUUAGUAGAGCGUGUCGAUUGAAAAACGCUUUGAAACGAAGCCUGAACAGAAGGUAACGGGUAAUAGAUAUUGUUACGUAACAAAAUAAGAUUUCACAGAUAGACGUGCCGCUAAGUAGCAUGAAAUGUUUCAAAAUAGUCAAUACAAAUGGAACGUAAAAUAAGUAACAUAGAAAGUUUUCAAGGGAUGUUGAUUAAUUUUAGAAUAUUUUAUUUACAUUAUGAUGUGAUAUUAAAACAAUAAAUUAUAAUUGUUGAACUUUGUUAAGGACUGUCUUUAUAUAUUGUUAACUAGUUUUAGAUAAAUUGAAAUAAAAAAAUGUAUUCGUUUUAAUAGAGUAUUUAUUUAGACAAGCUUAUUCCCGCAGAUCCGCCCGCGUUAACCUAUAAUUCCGUUCCCAUGAAUUCCAGAUAAAUGAAGCCUGCGUUUGA